CCAGUGGGAGACAACUCGAAACCGAAACUGAGAAAAACAGAAAAGUCACAGUAAUGAGUAAAUAGUUAAAAGACCAAUCUAAUGGCUCUAAGAAUCAUAAAUAAGCAAUUUCAGCAAUUAUGGCAGGAAAUUCCAGAAGAGUUUGGAUUUACAGCAGGGCCUUUAGAGGAUGACUUAUUACACUGGCAAGCGUCAUUAUUAGGACCUACAGACUCUCCAUAUAGUAGUGGUAGAUUUUUUUUGAGAUUAGAUUUUACAACAGAUUUCCCCUUUAAGCCUCCGAAGAUAUUAUUCCAGACCAAAAUUUAUCAUCCAAAUGUUACAGAAGAUGGUAAAAUAUGUGCUGAUUUCCUGACAGAGUGGAAACCAUCAUUUUCUAUUGGAUAUAUUUUACAAGCCAUACAGUCUUUACUUUUGUUCCCAAAUGCAGAUAACCCUGCAGCACCAGAAGUAGCAAAAGAAUUUCUUGAUAAUAAAGAACAAUUUGAGAAAACUGCAGUAGAAUGGACUAAAUCUUAUGCUGUAGAAUGAGUGUUUUACAGAAAAUGAUGUUGGAAAGCGAUAUACACUGUAGCUUUAGAAUAUACUGCAACUGUGCUUUUUGUGCAGUCAAAAUGCAUUGAAUGUAUAAAUUUUUGCUUUAUGCAGUUACUAAUUGUGUAGUGCCUUGUUUGUGACAGUGAUAAUGUUUUUUGUGCAGUGAAAAAGUACAGGUUUGCAGAAUUUUUAUGUCUUCUGCUUCAAAUUCAUAAUAGUUCAAAAAUAUUUCAUUUAGAACAGAUUAGAACAGUUUUGAGAGUUGCAUUAUAAAGAGAACAACCAAACAUUGUCUCAAAACAUAUAUUUUAUUUGUAUUUGGAUCAAAACAGGAUAGAAAUGCUUAGCAAAACCUUGCGUUCUAAGUGUUCCUAUUAAAGCCUUGUAUAUAUAAAUAUAUAUAUAUAUGUAUCACUUCGCAAAAAUAAAGUCAAACAUCAAAAUGGUAUGGGAUGUAAAUAAAUAUUAACUUGUUUACCAUGUGGAUUUUAGGCAGCAACUGUUAGCAACCUUUAUAAUAGUCUUUCUAUUUAAGUACAGUCUAGGUAACUGUAGGUCCUAAAGAUGAAUAAAUAAUUUUAUUUUCUGUAUUUUAUAUGUUGUGUAUUUUAAAAGUUUUUUUUUAGUUUUUGCAUUAAUGGUUAAUAAUAGCUGUUCAUGCAUAAUGUAACUAAUAACCAAAGAUGAGCACAUAUAUAUCUGUUUAACCAAGAGCACAUAUAUAUCUGUUUAACCAAAAGUUUUAAGUUCAAUGUGUCAUUUUUCACAUUACUUUUAUAGUAGUUUAUACUUUACAUAAUGCAAUUAGAAUCUGACAUUUUAUUUACAUUGUUGAUAAAUUCUUCCUCAGGUCUCAUUGGUUUAUAUAUUAAGAAUGUUCCUUUGUAGAUUUUUUCUUUUCUUUAAAAAAAAAACCCACACGAAAUAUUUUUUUUUUCUCUGGAAAUCGGAAAAAUUGGGUCAGUGGAUUCGAAAACCAACAAAUUAAAAAUCCCUCACUUAUCAUUAUUUGAUCAGGUCGGGAUCAAAUUUGAAUUGAACUAACCAGCUGCAUGAGAAAAGGGUAAGCAAGAUCGAACGAACUGACAUAUAUCAAAAUUAACCUCAACAGAGAAAUAUAAAACUAGAGAUUAUCUCCUGGACACACUAAUACCAUGCUAUGCUCUAGUUACAAUUAAUAUGCAUGUACUUUAUUAAACAGUCUACAUGUUAUAUCUGGCUGUGUGCAUCUGGGACAAAUAAUGCUACAUGGCAUGUAUAAGACAAAAUUUGCCUAAGUAACUGUUCAAUGGGAGAUAACCUAAAGUUUUUAUCACAACUUUUAUUUAUGAAAAUCAAAAUGGUUUUUUUUUUCUCUCUAUAUAUAUAAAAUGUACUGUUAAGCUCACUAAUUGAUACACUGUAAUAUGUGUUAUCAUGACCUCAAUAGGCCCUUGAUAAUUCUGAUAAACAUUGUAACAUUUAAACUAAUUUAUGUUCAUUCUGACUUAUAUUUUGCUCCUAAUAUAAGUGAGGACCAAGAAUCUCUAAACCUAAGAUAUAGCAAAAGGACAGAGCAUUAAUAUGAUCAUGAAUGUAAAAUGACUUAACAAAGUAAAGAAGUGCAUUUUCAUUUUAUUUAACUUUAGUAACUGUAUCUAAUAUAACUGGACCAACAAUAAAAUAUAUUUUUUGAGGUUUGCAUGAUAUAUUAUAUGACCUUGAUCAUAUUUAUAUGAUAUUUUCAUGUAAUUAGGAAAUAUAUACAUGUAGUAUAAACGUGAAGCAGUUAAAGUCAGACCUAAUACAAUACAAUGUCAAUUUGAUUUGAAGCUAACAGGAUUAUGUUUGCUUUGCCACAUAAUUUUAUCAAAAUUGGAAAAUGUACCAUGUAUCAAUAUUAAAUGUGAUUUAUAUUGUUAGCUGACCUGUGAUAUAUUUUUACAAUAAACUCUCAGGAAUUUA